GUCCACAUAAUGUUCAUCAAUCUAGUGAGCAUGCACACACAAAACACCCAAUGGGAUUCAUUUGGAAGAUAUUUAAUGGGUGAUACUCUGACAGCACUCUAAUUAUUCUCUUUUCAUCAUGUGAUGGCAAAGAUUAGCAGAGGAUUACAAGGAACUCGGUUCAGUGUUAACAGCAUCUGUGUUUAAUUAUAUAUUGAUAUUUUUCUAAAAAUGUCUAAUUUAAAUGCAUCUGCAUCUAACCUUACUCAGAGACUGAUAGAUCAAGAUGCACCAACUAAGGCAUUUUUGUUUGUGACACCAUGUGUUAUUUUCCUCUAUGUCAAUGGGGUCAUGCUCUUUACUUUGAGGAAAAAGGCUGUUUUUCAGGAAACAUCCCGCUAUAUUCUCUUCGGUCACAUGCUUUGGGUCGAUACUCUCAAUCUCUUUAUGAGUGUGGUGUUGUAUAUAUGUGCUGUCAGUAGGAUUUUAAUCAUGAAGAAUGUCUGUCUUCUUCUUCUCAUUGCUGCAACAGCUCUCUUUCAGGUCUCAACUUUAAAUCUAGCAUUAAUGUCACUGGAGAGAUAUGUGGCCAUCUGUUUUCCUCUCAGACAUGCAGAAUUUACCAGUUUUAAAAGAACUCACACAGCUAUCUGUGUUGUUUGGGUCUUGGGUUUGAUUCAGUGUUUGUCUGAGAUGAUUAUCUUUUAUUCUUUUGAUACUACAAACAUAGCAAUGAAUUUGUUUUGUUCAAGGACUACUCUGUUCAGAUUGCAGAUAUAUAAGAAAUUUGAUAUAGCUUUCACGUGUAUAUUUUUUGUGUUAGUGUGUUUUGUUAUAAUCUUUACCUAUGCCUCUAUAGCAGCUGUGGCUAAAACGGCUGCCUGUGAUAAACUGUCAGCCAAAAAAGCUAACAAGACUGUUCUUCUGCAUCUAAUACAGCUGGGUCUUGGCGCAUCUUCCAUCUUAGUUGGAGUUAUUCAAGAAGCUAUUUAUGUUUAUACUGACUUCUUGACUGCACUAAAUGUAAUGUAUUUUUGCUUCCUAGUGUUUAUAAUUUUCCCCAAAUGUCUAAGUCCUCUUAUAUAUGGUAUGAGAGAUCAGGCCUUUUGCUGUCUGUUUAAAUACUACUUUACAUUUGGUAAAGGUAAAGUCAAACCAGUUACCAUAGAAUUACAUGUUUAAAAGAUUAUACUCCAUAUGUUGUGAUGAUAUAUCAAACUGCAAACAGACAAUCACAAAUAACUGAGGCAAAAAAUACAAGCACACAGACUUGUUAAACCUUUUUAACAAUAUAGUUUGUUUCACAGAGAUAUGAACUUUGUUUCAUAAUUGCUGAAUUUGUAAAGAUUUGUGUAAAAGUCAUUUUAUAUCGUUUUGGUUUGACUUUUCAAAUGAAGUUUGAAUUGGCCGUUUGUUCUCCUUCAAAAAGUGUCAAAGAAAAUAAACUGUUUAAGUGUAAUGAGAUGUCUCUCCUCUAUCACUAUUCUUAUCCAGAUUGGUUUAUGCUAGUAUAUAGUGGUUUUAGGCACUCUAAUGCUAAUUUGUCAUGUGUAUAUGGCAGUGUAAUUUCAACAACUGAUGAAAAUUCAAUAAACAAGAAGACAAUUCAGCGGAGCAUUAGUCACCAUAAUGAUAACUUCAAAUAGACGUCAUCUUUAUAUAUUUAAGAUAUGAAAAAAUAAAGCAAAUAAAAUCAUAAUAUAAA